ACAGCCCAGCCUAUCAUUGCAAGAGUUUCAGCCAACACAGAGCGAGAGGACUCCUCACAACCCUCCUCCCUUCCCUCCCGUAGGGGCCAAAGGGUUAGAGAGGAAGAGAAGUAGUAGUUCCCAAGCCUAUAACAAGCUCAUCAUCGUGAUUCCAGCAACUGUUCUUUCAGUUGUAUAGCUUGUGUUGGGAAAUUCUUGUGACCCUAUUAUAUUAUUUGUAGCUCCCCCUUUCUGUCGUAAUGGCAGGUCUAUCUCUGCAGCACCCCUGGGCAUUCGCGUUCGGCCUCCUUGGCAACGUCAUCUCCUUCAUGACCUUCCUGGCCCCGAUACCGACAUUCUACCGCAUCUACAAGACCAAGUCGACGGAGGGUUUCCAGUCGGUUCCGUACGUGGUUGCCCUGUUCAGCGCCAUGUUAUGGAUUUUCUAUGCACUGAUCAAGUCCAACGAGACCUUCCUCAUCACCAUCAACGCCGCCGGCUGCGUGAUCGAGACCAUCUACAUCAUCAUGUACUUCGUCUAUGCGCCCAAAAAAGGCAAAAUGUUCACGGCCAAGAUCAUGCUCCUUCUCAAUGUCGGCAUCUUUGGGGUCAUCCUCCUCCUCACCCUUCUCCUCUUUAAGGGUGAUAAGCGUGUUGUCAUGCUUGGAUGGAUCUGUGUCGGUUUCUCCGUCAGUGUAUUUGUGGCACCAUUGAGCAUCAUGAAGCGUGUGAUCCAGACCAAGAGCGUGGAGUACAUGCCCUUCUCGCUCUCUCUCUCUCUCACCCUCAGCGCCGUCGUCUGGUUCCUCUACGGCCUCCUCAUCAAGGACAAAUAUGUUGCGCUUCCAAACAUCCUUGGGUUCACCUUUGGCGUGGUCCAGAUGGUGCUGUACGUGUUGUACAUGAACAAGACGCCGGUAGCGGUUGCCGAGGGCAAGGAUGCCGGCGGCAAGCUUCCCUCAGCUGCAGACGAGCACGUCCUCGUCAACAUCGCCAAGCUCAGCCCCGCACUCCCCGAGAGGAGCUCCGGGGUGCACCCAGUCGUCGCCCAGAUGGCGGCGGUUCCCAACAGGAGCUGCGCUGCUGAAGCAGCCGCGCCGCCGGCGAUGCUGCCCAACAGAGACGUGGUCGACGUCUUCGUGAGCCGCCACAGCCCGGCCGUCCAUGUGGUGUAGAUUCUCGAUCGAUCGCGUGCAUGGCCCAUGCAUGUUUGCGCGCGCCACACGUACGCUUUUAAUAUUUGAACGAGUUGAUGAGAAAUGAUGGAGAAUGAUUAAAUAUACUAGUUAUAAGUAAUUAAUUAACUGCCAUGGAAGCAUGCUAGCUAAUGGAUGGAGGCAGAGAUCAGAGCAUGUAGGGGAAGCUACAUAUAUAUAUAUGUAUAAUAUGGGGUGUGUAUUCAUCUAUGCCGCUCACUACUGCUAAGUAUUAUUUCCUUGGAUAUCUGUUAUUCCUUUUCACGUGUAAUGUUUUCUAAUAAGAUGUAAUCGAUCCCAGACUACUGUUGUUAGCAGUAUAUAUUUGGUUUUCACGGACAA